AUGGAAGGCAAACCCACUCUAGAAUACUUUGGUGCCACGACCUUUCGCCUUCGCGCUUCAGGGUUGACAAUCUUCCACGACACCUGGUUGGACCGACCAGCGUUGAUGCCCGAAUAUCUCAACAUCAACACAGUGACAGAUGCAGACUACAUAGUGAUAUCCCAUGCGCACUUUGACCAUCUCCCAGGCGCCGACCGAAUCGCCCGCCAGACCGGCGCAAUCAUCAUCGCGAACUGCGAGGCCAUCAAUCGUCUCCGCGACGCCGGCGUCCCCGAGACGCAACUCCUCCCUGUCUCCGGCGGAGAAAGAAUCCCCCUGUUCACGAAGGACGUCUUGAAUGCAGCCAAGACCGGAGAGGUGCCUCUUCGCCAGGGCCCUCCAGGCGCACCCCCGGAGCCGCAUCACUCGUUCGCAGCGGCGCAGAUCCACGUCUGGCCGAGCCUGCACUGCCUUCUCCCGGGAAGCCAUGACACUCUGCCGGACGUGUUUGACUCGGGCACCGUGUACACGGGCAGUUCGACUCCGUUCGAGGGGACCGUGGAUGUGACGCGGGGCAUGAAGUAUGGUCUAUUCCGGCUGAAGGAGCUGAUUCCCACGGACGCGAUGGACGAGAAAACCUCCAGCUUCGUGAAUUGGAUGGAGGAUAAGAAGGCGAACGUCAUGUCGGCGUGUGAUGGCGGACAGCUGCUAUUUCAUGUGAUUCUGGGCGGGGGUGAUGGAGGAGAGCCGCGCAGCAUUGUCUUCAAUGCACAUCUCGGCGCGUAUGAGGGGAUCGUGAAGAGAAUCGAGCCGAAGCCGGACAUUGCAGUCUUGGGCAUUGCGGGGCGAGCGAAUCUAGAUGGGAGGCCGUUCGACGGCUCCGGGGCGGAGUUCGCCACGGAGCUGGUGAAAUGGAUGGGAGAGCCAGGCGAGGUCAUUUGGUGUCUGCAUGACGAGUGUUUGAUCAAACCCUACCGGGUUGAUACGACGGCUGCGACGGCCGCGGUGGAGAAAGAGACGCGGUCGAGGAUUGUGGAACUGCGACCGUCUCGGCCAUAUGUCAUGUUUUCGGGGGAGUCGGCCAAAUGA